ACACGCUGAUUUUCAUAUAGCUUCGAAGUUUUUACGAAUUAACAUCGAAUUACAAAAUUAAAAAGUUAUCUCAAAUAUUGUAAAAUAUAUUUAUUGCAAAUAUUAAUUGAAAUUUAAAACAAUAAAACAUAAAUUGAAAUUAUUGCAAAAUUGCAGCUGACCAGAGAAGUGUUGAUGUAAACAAACAAGUCUAGGGUGAAUGAGAAGAAGAAGCAGUAAUAAAACGUGUGUCCAUUUUUGCGUCUGUGUGUCGGAAUUUAAGUGAUUAGGCGCGUUACUCUAAAAAGAAACUAAAGAAAAACAUUUCACAUAUAUUUAAUCAAGGAAAAUUCGAUAGUGAAUGUAAAAUAUUUGUUUAACAACAAUAAUAAGAGGAUUUUAAUUAUUGUUCUUUGUAUUUGUUUAUCCUUGACGCGUUCUUUGCAUAGAACUAUAGUUGUGUACAUCAUAAAUACAAAAGCACGAUAACAAAUGUAUUGUUAGAAUUUCUUUACAACUUGUCCAAAGUAUAAUUUGUAUACUCCAAAAGCCAUCACAUUUGAUGUCGAUAUAACAACAGCGAUACAGGAGUCGUACGAUUUGUUAUUAUUUUGUUGAAUGAAAAUGAGCUCUCCAAUUGUUACACGUCGUGGUGCGCAAAAAGCUAAAAUACAAACUCGCGCAAUGGUCAAAUCUGCAGUCACAGCCAGCAAGCCGAGCGCAGCGCUACUCGAGGCCAAACGCAAAGCAAAAUUACUCAAAAUGCAGGAACAAAGUCAACAAGAUCAAGUGGUGAAGGAUAUCUUCCAGAAUGCUGUAAACGCAAAAACAAUAAUACAAAAGCCUACUGGUAUUGUAUAUGAUGAAUCUAUGGCGCAGCAUCGUUGCCUCUGGGACGAAAAUCAUCCAGAGAGACCGGAACGUUUUACACGAGUGCUGGAGAGAUGCAAAGAACUGCAACUAAUUGAACAAUGUCAGAGAAUUCCAUCACGUCGUGCGACAAAGGAUGAAGUGCUCUUACUGCACAGCGCCGAGCACUAUGAGCUGCUGCAACAGACAUCUGGUGUGCAAGAUGAGGCGGGCAUGGAAGAUUUAAGCUCAAGAUUCGAUUCAGUUUACCUACAUCCGUCCACAUUUGAAUUGUCGCUGCUGGCCACCGGUUCGACCAUUGACUUAAUUGAGCACAUAAUUAGCGGCAAUGUACAGAAUGGCAUGGCGAUCAUCAGACCACCGGGUCAUCAUGCAAUGAAAGCGGAAUUCAAUGGUUACUGUUUCUUCAACAAUGUGGCCAUUGCAGCACAAUACGCUUUGGACAUUUUGAAGUUAAGCAAAAUAAUGAUCGUUGAUUGGGACAUACAUCAUGGACAAGGUACGCAGCGUUUCUUCUACAAUGAUCCAAGAGUGCUCUACUUCUCCAUACACCGCUAUGAGCACGGCACCUUUUGGCCGAAUCUGCAGGAAUCCGAUUUUGAUGCUAUCGGUUAUGGCAAUGGUUUGGGUUAUAAUUUCAAUGUACCGCUGAAUAAAACUAAAAUGGGCAACGGCGAUUAUUUGGCCAUAUUUCAGCAGCUGGUAGCACCCGUUGCCGUUGAAUACCAACCCGAAUUGAUCAUCAUAUCAGCCGGUUAUGAUGCAGCUUUAGGUUGUCCAGAGGGUGAAAUGGAGGUCACGCCCGCAUUCUAUCCACAUUUGCUAAGUUCGCUCAUGAAGUUGGCACAAUCGCGCAUUGCCGUCGUUUUGGAGGGUGGCUACUGCCUCGAUUCAUUAUCGGAGGGUGCGGCGCUCACGUUACGCACGCUCUUGGGCGGCACAUGCCCCACGUUGGUGGAGAAAUUGGAGCCACCCAGUGAAGUGAUACAAGAUACAAUACUCAAUUGCAUUUAUGCACACCGCCAAUACUGGCGCUGUCUACAAAUCCAGCCGUUGUACACUAUGGAGGAGCUGAAUAACGUGAAUCCACAACCGAAACUGCAUAAAGUCAGUCGGCUAUUCAUUGGCGGUCAACCGCUGCCGGAACGUUUUCCCACCAGGGGCACCGGGCCGGUCACGAUACCCGAAGUGGUGGCACAGAACGCGAAACGCUUGCAAUUCCUGAAACAAGAAACCAAAUUGUCGGCACCCAAAGUGCGUGUUUGCUAUGUUUACGAUGAACUGAUGCUGCAGCACAGCAAUACCUUUGAGGAGGGUCACCCAGAGCAGCCGGAGCGCAUACGGCGUAUCUACGAAAUGCAUGCCGAUUACAAACUCACCUCGCGCAUGCAACAAUUGCCAGUGCGCAUCGCUACCACGGAUGAGAUCUGUUUGGCGCACACGCGUGCGCAUGUCAACUUUAUACGACGCAUCAGCGAUAAGGAUGAGCUGCGCGGCAUGGGCGAGAAAUAUAAUUCGGUCUAUUUCCAUCCGAAGACUUUCGACUGUGCCACUUUGGCGGCCGGUUCAGUGCUGCAAGUGGUCGACAAAGUGUUGACUGGCGAGGCGCGCAGCGGUGUGUGCAUUGUGCGCCCACCCGGUCAUCAUGCAGAGCCUGAUAUACCACAUGGCUUUUGCAUAUUCAAUAAUGUGGCAAUCGCAGCGCAUUAUGCCAUACGCGAUCACGGACUUAAGCGCGUUUUAAUUAUUGACUGGGAUGUGCAUCAUGGCAAUGGCACACAGCAUAUAUUCGAAUCGAAUCCGAAUGUGCUCUAUAUAAGCAUACAUCGCUACGAUAAUGGCACAUUCUUUCCGAAGAGCAAAGAUGCCGAUCACGAUGUGGUUGGCAAAGGUGCAGGUGUGGGCUUCAAUGUGAAUAUACCGUGGAAUAAGAAAGGCAUGGGUGAUAUGGAGUAUGUGAUGGCGUUCCAACAGCUCGUAAUGCCUAUAGCAUAUGAAUUCGAUCCGGAAUUAGUGCUCGUCUCAGCUGGUUUUGACGCGGCCAUUGGUGAUCCCCUCGGCGGUUGUAAAGUAACACCCGAAGCUUAUGGUCUCUUCACACAUUGGCUCUCCGCACUGGCGGGUGGCCGUCUGAUUUUGUGUUUGGAAGGUGGCUACAACGUUCACUCCAUAUCCUAUGCCAUGACCAUGUGCACGAAAUCACUGCUGGGUGAUCCGAUACCAGCCAUACACGUGAACGGCAAUGCUGCACGUGGCCUUAGCGCUGCAUACACCAGUUGCAUCGAGACCAUACAGCAAUGUUUGAGUGUGCAGCAACGCUAUUGGAAGAGUUUGGUCUUCAACAAGCGGCUGCCACAAUUCGCUGGCGAAAAUAACAAUGAGGAUUUUCUUUCUGCUACUUUGAAAAAAUUAGAUAUCACAACGGAUGAGGCGAAAGGCGGUGUUGGCUGUGAAAAUGUCGCUGAUACGGAGGUGGCGUUGGAGGCGAGCGGCAGUAAGCCGAAGGUAAAAGUUAAAACCCUAACUGAAUUUCUCACCGAAAAUUUAGAGGCUUUGCAAAAUAACGAAAUGUUCGCCGUUGUUCCAUUAAAAACAUGUCCUCAUUUAAAACAGUUGCGCCCCGAGGAGGCGCCGAAAACCAUAGAUAGCAAUGCGCCAUGCGAGCAAUGCUCAUCAACCGCCGAAAACUGGAUAUGUCUGAGCUGUUAUAAAAUACUCUGUGGUCGUUAUGUAAUGGAGCAUAUGCUUUUCCAUAGCAUCGAGUCAGCACACCCGAUGGCGCUUAGCUUCAGCGAUUUAUCCGUUUGGUGUUAUCCAUGCGAGGCCUAUAUAGAUAACAGUAAAUUGCAUGUAUACAAAAAUCUACUGCAUCGUCAUAAAUUCGGUGAAGACAUGGUGUGGUCAUAUCCAACGGAUACUAAAAGCAAUAACGGCAAUGAUAGCGACAACGAUGAUUACGAUGCUGCUGAUAAUGCUGCGCAUGUGUUUAGCAUACAAUUGGAGCCGAACAACUGACAAUAUCAGUUGCUACUGCUGACGACAGUACAAAAUUAUUUAUGUACAUCUUUUCCACCGCUUAGACAUGUUUUCCAUUUUUUCGCCCAGUACCUUUGGCCGUUGAUUUAUCGCCUCUAUAUUAAAUUGUUGUAUUACUUUUUGUCGAGUUGAUGAUUUAUAUAUUAGACUUAUAUACCACAUAUAUAUAUAUAUAUAUAUUAAUUACAUAUAUGUAUGUCUAGUUACUACAUGCCUAC